GUCUGUCAUACAUUUUCCAUGCUGCUUAGGUAGAGAAAGAGGAAGUGAGAAGAAAACGCUCUAACGCCCCACUUGGUGCUGCACGCCCCACAGCACCAUCAGAAGGGGAAGUGUGAGCAAACAGUUAAUUUCACAUUUAACACUGACGAACAAAGACGAGUAGCAAAUUCUCCCAGAACAGGUUGGAUCAGAAGUGUCCCAGGAUGGCUCAAGGCUGCCUCAAGUGUUUGAAGUACACCAUGUGUUUUGCCAACUUACUCAUUUUUAUAUGUGGUGUGGCGGUGCUGGUCUUCGGUGUGUACAUGACGUUGAACUUUAAAUUGGCCGCACUCACCCCGACCUUGGCCAGCUUCAACUUUGCCAACAUGCUGCUGGUAUGCGGCAUCGUCAUCACUUGUGUGUCCUUCCUGGGCUUCUUGGGUGCUCUGAAGGAGAACCGCUGUCUCCUUCUGACGUUCUUCCUGCUGCUGUUCAUCCUGAUGCUGGUGGAGCUGACUGCAGCAUGCCUGCUACUCAUGUAUGAGAGCGAGAUUGAUAGAUUGGUGAAAGAGGAUCUCACCAUGGGUUUGGACAAGGCAAAAGGGACAAACUCAACGAGUGAGUGGGAUGUGGUUCAGGAGAAGCUUGAUUGCUGUGGAGUCAACAAUGUGACAGACUGGCAACCCAACGUUCCUCCCUCUUGCUGCUUAAGCGCUUGUACAAGCCAACAACCGGAAUACAGAAAAAAGGGUUGUUUGGUGAAGUUGAAGAACUUCUUUGAGGAGAACUUCCUAACCACUGGGAUAUCUGUCAUUGUCCUCUGCAUCAUCGAGGUCUUGGGAAUGUGUUUCGCCCUGACGCUCUUCUGCCACAUCAGUAGAUCUGGACUGGGCUACAAGCUGUAGACAAUACUAAGUCCAAAUGUCUACGUAUUUUACAGUUGAUUUAUUGUACAGGUCUUUUUUUUAUUUUUAUAAAUCAUGUGUUUAGAAGGCAAGAAUGAAAUGAGAAGGAUGUUUGUGGAAAAAGAAAUUAAGAUCAGUAAAUAAUUAUUUUGUAAAGACUAAAUCGCAAACACUUAAUUCUCUAGAGAAUUACACAAAAGUAUUUCAGAUAUGGCCUUCUACAAACAAGCUAGAGAAUAUAAAAUGCUAUUUUAGUCUGAGCUGUGUGGAAUAAAAGCCACUUGUUGUAAGAUUUUGCUCAACUUACAUAUAUUCUACAUCUUUUGAAGGGAAUAAAUACGAAAAAUCUGUUUAUGUACAAUAUUACAGUAUCUUUUUUUUCCCACAAACUUGAUAACUUUUGGGAAGUCCUGAUACACAACUAAAGAAUUGUUUAUAGUA